CAUUGCGGUAAUGCGGUUCAGAGAGGGAGACGAGUGAAUUGUGCGGCCGACAACAGUCAGGCAGGUCUCCGGGACAAGAAAAACAGUAUUUUAUGUUUUUUUUUACAUCCGUAAUGUGUUUGAGUUGUUUGUGUUUUAUGCCAUGAUUGACUAAUUCCCCUGAUAAGACAGAAAGGGACGCUUUGGUGGAUGAUUUUUAGAGAGCUGCAUUCAGCAGUUGCUAACAAACGUUAGCUAGCCGCCGCCGGGCGGUCUGUUGUUAUAGCCUGCAUGGUGGUUCUGAGAACCAUGAGCCGUGCUGCACCCCACACUGGAGGCCGUACUCACUCAAACCAGGACAGGCAAGGUGGAUCGGAGGGUGGGACACACGGAUGUCAACUGUCAGCUUCCCUUUUUGACUGACUACAGACAAUCGGGCCUAAAGGAGAAGCUACUAACAGUAACUGUCUGGCCCCUGGUGACAUCCACACAAUCAGAGCCCAGGACAGGACCACCAAGUAGGGUAGUCUCCCCUUAAUGAAGAUGAGUGCAGUCCGUGGAGGAACAAUCACCUGGCGGCCACAGCCCUGGCAGGACGGUGAUAGUGGGGGUGGGGAGCCCCUUUCGGACAGCGACUCCGAAGAAGAGGACUUUCCCGACGACAGCACCACUCCUUUAGGAGACUACGUAACACAUGGCUUGAAGCAGCUACUGGAUGCUCAGCAGCUGUGUGAUGUCACUCUGUUAGUGGAGGGGAAGAGGUUUAUGUGUCACAGAGUCCUCUUGGCAGCGGUCAGCCCGUAUUUCCGUGCCAUGUUCACUAGCCCGUUGGUGGAGUCCCGCCUCACUGAGAUCCGAUUGGAGGAGGUGACGCCGUCAGUCAUGGAGACUGUCAUCCAGUUUGUCUACACUGGGGAGGCGGGGCUCUGUCUGGACACGGCCGAGGACCUGUUUGUGGCGGCCAAUCGGCUUCAAGUGAUGCCUCUGCAGGACCUGUGCUCCAGGUUCCUGUUUGAACACCUGUCUGUGGACAACUGCCUGGGCAUGUACUCUCUGGCCCGCUCCCACCACGACCAGCUGCUCCUGAGGGCCUCUCUGAGGCUGGUGGCCCAGCACUUCCCACGCGUGGCCCGCCAGAAGGACUUCCUGCUGCUGGACCCAGGUACCCUGGGCAGCCUGCUGGGCUCUGACCGCCUGGGCAUAGACUCUGAGGCAGAGGUGUAUGACGCGGCACGCCGCUGGGCCGAGCACCAGCCCCUGGACCGUUACAGCCACAUGCCGGCCCUGCUCCACCACCUCCGCCCUGGCCUGCUGUCCCUGGAGGAGAGCCAGCGGCUGAGCCAGGAGCUGGGCCCUGCGGCGGCCGGGGAGGGCCUGGGGGGCCCGCUGAGGCCCCGGGAAGGCAUGUUCGAGAAGAAGAUAGUGUGUGUGGACCUAAAGCCACGGGAGGACGAGUCGCUGAACGAGAGGGACUUCACGGUGGACUGCUUCGACCCACGCACAGGAAAAUGGGAGAAGCUGGCUGCCCUGGGCUCUCUGCUGUGCCCAGGUUGCACGGCCAUUGGGGGGCGGCUGUUCGUAGCGGGGGGCAUUCUGCGGGGGGGCACGGUGUCCACGGAGGUCCAUGAGUAUGACUCUGUGUUGGAUCGCUGGCAGGAGCGGUCGCCCAUGGUGCAGCCCCGGGCCAUGCUGGGUCUGCUGGGCUGUGGGGAGUCACUCUACGCCCUGGGGGGCUGCAACAGAGGAGCCAUGCUGGACUCCUGUGAGAUCCUGGACCUGGCCUCUCUCCAGUGGGGCCCCGGGCCCCGUCUGCCCCUGCCACUGCGCUCCUUUGCCUGUGCCGCUCUGCGCGGCCGCAUCUACCUGCUGGGCGGCACCACGCUGGAGCAGAACCGGGCGGUGGUGCACGCUGGCGUGCUCAUCUACCACACCCUGACUGACUCGUGGACCCGCGUGGGACUGGACUCUGGUGCCACCUGCCUGGCCGGAGGGGUGGCGGUGCGGGGAGGGGUCUGUGCCAUUGGAGGCUACAUGAGGGACGCCACGAAGUUUAUAGAUGGAAACUACACCCAUCUGGAACCUCUAGAAGCCACGGGGCGGGUGCUGUUCUUCAGGGAGGGCCGGGGCACAGGGGUGGAAAGGGAGGUGACAGGGGCGGUGGUGUCUGAGAGGGGCGGGGGCGGGGGGAGUGACCGAGCCCCCAGUCCGGUGGUUUUCCCGGGGUUGCCCAGGCGGAUUGCUGCCGGGGGCGUAGCCAGGUGGAAACGCAGGAUAUACGUCUUGGGCGGGGAGAACGGCUCCCGUUUCUAUGACAGUGUGUACUGUUGGAAGCCUGGCUGGCGCAGCUGGGUCCAGAGACGGGAGAAACUACCCGGAGACACGGGGGGAGUCAGCCAAUUUGGCUGUACCACCCUCAAGUUCCCCAAGAAACACAUCCUGUCCCGGCUGAGACUGGCUCGGGAGGACCGCAAUCCUGAUGAUGACUAGCCACAGCCGGACUAAUGAGUUGUGGCUAAGACCAGCAUUCAUGGGGUUUCAGUAAUGAAAUGUUAUCAACUUUUUACACUUGAGACAGUGGGGGGGGAAGGGGACUCGCAUCUGAAUGUAACCACCGUAUGCCACAAUAACACUAAAGUUCUUCACAAAAAUGAUUUGAAUGCAUUUAAAUGGUUUGAAACUUGUCUGCCUGUUGAACACACAUCCUCAGCCUUCUAUAGGAAUUUAACGACUGCAUAGGACUAUGUUUUGGAUGACUGGCUGCGAAUGCUUAUUGAAUUGUUUUAUUUCUGCCUUUUCUAUUCCAGACAUUCUGAAAUUCACUAAAGCAUCCCAUGUAUGUAACUUUAGUCUUUCACUUUUCAAUGAUUCCAGGGCCAUGUUCAUUAGGCACGAAACGGAAGAAAAUGAACUGAAACAGGGAAGGACAACCUACCAGGACUUGUCCAAUAACCUAAACAUUCAUUUUCAUUUUCCAUUGCAACAUGUUUUGUAACGUUUUUUUGAUUUAAUGCUCUAAUAAACAUGACCUAGAUUUCAGUCACUUUCUCUUCAUUGCUAUUCACCCUAACACUUAUCCUCCUCCAAUCAGAUAUAGUGUUAUCAUCUGAGGGGAUAAUGUGGUUUCGUAAUCAUUAUUGUCGCCAAAUGAUGUUUUAUUUAAUUUUCAGAUGCAUGGGUUACUUACCGCAAGAGCAGGCAGAUCCGCCAGAAUACCUGACACCUAUUUGUUUUAUUUUGGAUUUUAGUUGAACACGCCCCUUUGGUCUAGAGCUGUGUGAAGAUAUUCGGAGUUUAAAUGUGUAUGUGUGUUGGGGUGUGAAUGUUGGAUUAUGGUAUGUAACAACAGGGGAGCCCCCCCCCCCUCCCAAUCCCUCACACCCCUUAAGAGAAAUGUCACCUGACUGAUGUAAUCUGAUGUAUGUUUUUGAACUGAAAGUCAAAUUGAUAAUUUGAUGACAGUUAUGCUAUCAAAAGAUUAAAGGAAUGUUUUCUUAA